GAGGACAAAGAACCUUCGUCUUUUGUUCUCCAGUCAUCCUCCAGCAAGCUCACUCCUUUCCUGAAAAUACAUUAUUUGUCCUCGCAUUAGACCAAUCAGUCGACAGCAGGGGGAGUUCCAACGGGAGAAAGCUGAUGCUGCGAGACCACAUCGGAGACUGGCUGAAGCGUGGAUGGGCUAGAGAAGUCACUUCACUUGGCGCUGAGUUUCUAAAGCGACUUGAGAGGCCAGCAACAUUCUUGGGCUGCACCAGCACUCAAAAUACGCGAUAUGCCGCCACUCCAAAGGAAAGCGAUUAGGGAGCGAGCGCUGUAUUUUUGGAAGUCAACUCCAUGGUCCACGAGGCUGAAGGGUGCGCUAUGCAGUCAUCUGCGCCACAUGUGGAUGGUUCUCAUGGCAUUGACCGUCCUCUGUGUGGCUAUACAGAUCCUGGGUGUCGUUCGGCAGUCCAGAAAUGACAAAAUUCUGAAACAAUUUGCCAAUGAGAAGCUCUUCAGUAUGAGGUUUACAAUCGAGUUCCAAAAAGCAUUAUCAACAACGCAGCCGCCAUUGGAGCAACAGCAGUCGGACCUUGUGCCUCAAACUGAAUAUAUGCACCCUAUAAACCAGGAAGUAACUGUAAAAAGGGAAAAUCUUCGCCAGGAAGCUGUGAAAAUAGGAAACAUACCUCACGCAGGCCAGCAUCACAGGGGGAAGGCACUGUCAGAGCAACUCCCCUUGCAUAUUUCACCCAGAGGUCACAUUGACAAGUUUACUAAAAUAACACGUUUACAGAAGGGAAAAGGUGGUCGAUUAGUGGCAGCAGCCACAGUGAAAAAAACACGCCCUCUCACGGUUCUUGAGGAGGAUGACUUCAAGUCCAUUCAGCUUGCACCUUCCGUUAUCUCAGAGGUUCACCGCCCACACAGGAAAUGGUUUCCCAGCAGGGGGAGUGCUAACAGUCCCCGACUCACCCGACUGAAACCUCAGCGCUCUGCCACUGCACUGGCCAGUCUACAGCAUGGGCCAGACCCAAGCAAGGAGCUGAUGAAGCAGAGGCUCCCCUCUGCGCCCCAAACAACACCGCGCUCCCCCUCGGCUGUGAAUGCCAGAAUCGCCACGGCUAAGCCAGCCGCAGCAGGGCGAGGGGCCUCCACCUGCCAGCCGAAGACCCACAUUGUCUUCCUUAAGACACACAAGACAGCCAGCAGCACCAUCCUGAACAUCUUGUACCGUUACGGAGACAGUAGGAACCUGACAUUUGCUCUGCCACUGAAUAAACACAGCCAGCUCUUCUACCCGCUGUACUUUGCUGCUCAUUUUGUCGAAGGCUUCAGAUUAAGGGCGAUGAAGGAGUUCAACAUCAUGUGCAACCACAUGAGAUUCAUGCCGGCAGAGGUCAAAAGAGUAAUGCCAGAGGAUACCUUCUACUUCUCUAUACUGCGGAAUCCAGUAUCCAUGAUGGAGUCGAUAUUCAUGUAUUACAAAAGCAUCCCUGCCUUUCACAGGGCCAGGAACUUAGAUGACUUCCUCAACAACGCUUGGCACAGCUAUAAUGCCUCGCUGAGCAACAACCACUAUGCCAGGAACCUCCUGGCAUUCGACUUUGGCUUCAACAACAACAACAACUAUGUUGAUAUUGAGAGGCAGGCUAAUUUAUCUAUCGCCAUGAUUGAGAAGAACUUCCAUCUCAUCCUCAUGUCAGAGUACUUUGAUGAGUCUAUGAUCUUGCUAAAGAACGCCCUCUGCUGGUCACUAGAUGAUGUGGUCUCAUUCAAACUCAACAGCAGAAGUAACAGGACCCGUCAGUGGCUGUCCCCCUUGACGAUGAACAAGAUCAAAAUAUGGAACUCACUGGAUUGGAAGAUCUACCAGCACUUCAAUAUCACUUUUUGGAAGAGGGUGGAACAAACAGUGGGCCGGGAGAAUAUGAAGCGUGAGGUGGCACAGCUGCAAGAGAGGAGGAGGCAGCUGAUGAAGACCUGUCUGAAGGAGGGUGGGGCCGUGGACCCCUCCCAGGUGAAGGACUCCGCCCUCAAGCCUUUCCAGUAUGGUGCUGCUGUCAUUCAGGGCUACAACCUCAACCCUGGCUUGGAUGGAGCCACCAAAAAGCAAUGCCAGGACCUGAUCACCCCUGAGCUGCAAUACACUGCAACACUCUACACCAAGCAGUUCCCAGAGCUGGCAGCUAAACUGGCCUCCUCCCAGAAGCAGUCCUUUCCAUUCAAAGUGAUGACUCGGGAAGUCAGGAGAAGCAUGGAGCGGCACAGCAGAAAUCUACUGAGUAGUCCCAGGAACCAAAGCACACUCUUCAACACAUCUACCGUUAGCAGACUGCCAAAUGUGCCUUGAGUCACUGCUCUCAAUGACUGGAGUCUAGCUGCAAGGAUGGAUGGGACUGGCUGUGCGCCAGGCCUAGACUAAAUUCACCAUUUUGGGGAUAGAAUGGUAAUUGCUUGUGAAUUGCACAAGUUAGAAUAUAGUGCCCUGGAUGGCAAAAAUGUAGACUGAAAAACCUAAAGAGACAACAGUUUUCACGUAUUCCAAAUUGUCUGAUGAGGGAAGAGCACCUUUGUGUGUGAACACGACUAGUGAAAAGUUGUUUCAUUUCAAGUCUCUGCUUGAACACUGCAGACAGUGAGGGGGGAACAUGCAGUAGGCUAGUAUAACUCCCAAGAUUUAAUGUUUGGGAGAGUAGGGGUGUUCAACCCAUAAAGUUAAAGUGCAUUGAUGAUAAAAAGACACUGGAAAGAACAAAAGCUACAACAGGCCCCAUUACACUGGGCCUCCCUUUUGAAAGUUUACCAUCUCCUGAUCAGUCAUAAUGGUACAUUUAUUUUAAAAUUUAGCUGCUUAUUGUUUAAAGUGGAGAAUGAGCUCAAGAGAAAAAGUGAGGAAGCCAUGCACAUUGCCCAAAUGCUUUCUGUUUUAUUUGCACACAGUUAACAUGUCCCUCAAUAAGGGAUAUGUGUUGAUUGCAAAUGUGUUAUUUCAGAGCAGUUUAGUAAUGUGCAGGCUUUACUGUCAUUUCCCAAUGUUCUUCUCUUUCUUUACCGUAGAGUGGAUAUGUGGAUAUUUUAUUUUGUUCUGGACUUCAGAUUGAAAUAUUUGUUUCUAUAUUUAAAAGAUGUGACAUUAGAAGGAUCUUCUUUACAUAUGCAAUAGAUGUCUAUCAAAUGGUACGUUUUCUUUGAUAGACAAAUUACACCUCAGGCUAACUUGGUGUCUCAAUUCAAUGCUUUUAAAGUGGAUAACUUUGCCGUGGUGAUGCAUAAGAUUUAUAGUCUUAAAACGUCUGGUAUCAGAUUCGGCUUAUUUUUGUCAGAUAGAUUGAAAUGCUGAAAUUGGUGAUGUUAUAUUUAUUAAGGAUGCAACAUGAUUCUUCACUUUUAAUAAAAGUGUGUAUGCUUGCACAUAAUGAAAUUUGUAAAAGAAUGUGAGGAGAAAUGGUUAAAAUGGCUACCAAGAUGUUAUUUCGUAUAACAAAUUUGCUGUGUCAUUCAAUUGCUUUGAGCUUUAUUUAUGAUUGUAUGAAACAUUUUGAUAUUUAAUUUAAACAGGAGUUUAACUGUCAUGGAUGUUGACACUGAAAUAAAUUUUAAUUUAAGUUAUGAAAUAAAAAGGCGACCUUUGUAAA